ACUUACACGGUUGAAAUGAAAACACAGAUAAACGACUAGCAAAGCGGAAGCAAGUGCAGUACACUACUUUCAUUUUAUUUAUUUAUUUAUUUUUUCAACUUUAUUUAAUUCUCGGAGCCGACUGGCCUCUCCAUGCUGCUGUGCCGGGUGUCAGCCGUGAGUCAGGUACUAGCGAGAUGGGGACGGAGGUCACAUCGAGGAGGUGGCCUCCUCCUCAGCCGUGCUGUCUCGGUCAGCUCCGGUCGCUGUCGGGGUGUUAGCUCCGGAGAAGACAACGCUCAGACCACGAAGGAAGGCUCCACUCAGGGUCUGUACCGAGACACGGUUCUCCUUCCCCGGACAAACUUCCCCAUGAAACUGACCGGACAGAAGCUUUUGGACAAAGAACUUCAGAUUCAUCAGGAAUGUGGUUUUGCAGAGUUGUACUCCUGGCAGAGAGAAAGGAAGGCCAAGAAAGAGUUCUGCCUGCAUGACGGACCCCCAUAUGCCAAUGGAGACCCUCAUGUUGGACACGCACUGAAUAAGAUUCUGAAAGACAUCCGUAACCGUUUUGAGGUGCUGAGAGGACGGCGGGUCCACUACAUCCCAGGCUGGGACUGCCAUGGCCUGCCCAUUGAGCUGAAAGCUUUGGGACAACUGGGCACCGGUGGUCUCAGUCCGCUGCAGAUCAGACAGAGAGCACGGGAGUUUGCUGAAAGGGCGAUAGCUCGUCAGAAGGCCGCCUUUCAGCGCUGGGGGGUGAUGGCUGACUGGGAGCAGUGCUACUACACAUUUGAUGGGGCCUAUGAGGCAGCUCAGUUAAAAGUCUUCCAGGAGAUGCACAGCAAGGGUCUUAUUUACCAGGACUACAAGCCCGUCUUCUGGUCUCCUUCAUCGAGGACGGCCCUGGCUGAAGCAGAGCUGGAGUAUAACCCAGAGCAUGAGAGCAGAGCCGUUUAUGCCACGUUCCCUUUGGUCACGCUGCCGCCCGAGGUCGCAUCAGAAGGAGGUCUGGAGAACGUCUCUGUGUUGAUUUGGACCACCCAGCCAUGGACCAUYCCUGCCAAUCAGGCUGUUUGCUACAUGCCUAAUGCCCAGUACUCUGUGGUGAAGAGAGCGGAUAAUUCUCAAUUGCUGCUGGUAGCGUCUGAGCGUACGGCCAGCCUGGCAUCACUGCUGCACACAGAGCUGCACAGCAUCAGCACUUUCACAGGUUCCCAACUUGAAGGCGGGAUAUGCAAACAUCCCACAAUUCCUGACAAGCAAGUGCCGUUACKGCCAGCCAAUCAUGUGACCAUGGCGAAAGGAACAGGACUGGUCCACACGGCUCCAGCUCACGGCAUGGAGGAUUACAACGUGGCUUCACACUUUAAACUGCCUGUGGAGUGCAUGGUGGAUGAAGAUGGCAGGUUCACUGAGCUGGCAGGACCUGAGCUGCAGGGCCUCUCUGUGAUGACCGAAGGAACUGAUAAAGUGAUUUCCAUGCUGAAGGAGAGCAGUUCUCUGCUGCUGGAGGAGCAGUGCGUCCACAGUUAUCCAUACGACUGGCGAACGAAGCAGCCCAUGAUCAUCAGACCCAGCAAGCAGUGGUUCAUCAACACAGAAUCCCUCAAAGACAAAGCCAAGGAGGCGCUGCAGAAGGUCCGUAUUCUGCCCGAGUCAGCACGAGGCGGCCUGUUGGUCAUGCUGGACAGCCGGACGUUCUGGUGCAUCUCCAGACAGAGAAGCUGGGGGGUCCCCAUCCCAGUUUUUUACCAUAAAGAGACUGGAGAACCUCUCCUCAACAAUUACACAGUGACUCACAUAGCAAAACUCUUCAAAGAAAAAGGCAGCAACUGUUGGUGGGAGCUUCCCAUCGAGGCUUUGCUGCCCCCAGAAGUUCUAAAGAAGAGUAAAGCAGGACCGGUGAGUGACUACRUUCGAGGAGAAGAUGUUUUUGACAUCUGGUUUGACAGUGGAGCAUCGUGGGCAGCUGUACUCGAAGAGGAGACUGAGGAAGAAGCCGAGGAGUCUGAGUCACGUCUCAGCUGGCUCCACACGUCGCUACGAAAACCUCGUGUCACAGAGUCAGASUCCAAAGCAGAUGUGUAUGUGGAAGGAAAGGACCAACUUGGAGGCUGGUUUCAGUCGUCACUACUCACCAGUGUGGCAGUCCGGAACAGAGCACCUUAUAAGUCUCUGGUGGUCCACGGCUUUGCAAUCAGUGAGAAGGGAGAAAAAAUGUCCAAAUCUCUGGGAAAUGUUGUGAAUCCUGAUGAAAUCAUCAAUGGAACCAAGGACGGCAGUGAACCGGCUUACGGGGCAGAUGUGCUUCGUUGGUGGGUGGCAGAGUCAAACAUCUUCUCUGAAGUCCAGGUUGGGCCCAAUGUCCUCAACUCAGCCCGAGACAACGUCGAUAAGUUGAGAAACACUCUCCGGUUCCUCAUUGGAAACCUGCAGGGCUUCGACCCACAGGUGCAAGCUGUGGACCCUCAGCAGAUGUACUAUAUUGAUCAGUACAUGUUGCACCUGCUCCGCGAGUACAGCAUGAAGGUUACAGAUGCUUACAGUGAGUUCGAUGCUGGCAGAGUUGUCCGUAUCCUCCAAGCCUUCAUCACCAGAGACCUCUCUAGCUUUUACUUCAGCAUCAUUAAGGACCGGCUGUACUGUGAUCCAGAGGACUCACUGGGAAGAAGGUCGUGUCAAACCGCUUUAGAGGAAAUUCUGGAUGGUGUGACUCGAUCCGUCGCUCCCAUCCUGCCACAUCUAGCAGAGGAGGUUUACCUGCACGCACCAGGACAUGGCGAAAAAGAGACUUUAUUUAAAAGUGGGUGGAUCAAAAGCAGCUCCGUGUGGCGACGGCCAGGGUUAGAGGAGGCUGUGGAAGGGGCUUGUGCCAUCAGGGACUCAUUCAUGUCCUCCAUUCAUGGAAAAAAUGCCAGUCAGUAUGAGCUCACGAUCGCCAUCGAACCCUGCCUUCUGUUUGAGCUCAUGGAGUCUCUCCAAGAAGAACCCACCUCCACCACCUCUCAGCUAGCUGAGAUAAUGAUGGCAGCACGGGUCAACCUGACCGGUACACUGCCCCGCGAUCUGCACCCUGACGCCCUGGUGAACCACGGAACCUUCCUCAUCAACCUGGAAGGUGGCGUUAUUCGCGAGGACAGCCCCUUCAGUAUUGCCGUGACGCCCACCUCUGCUGCUCGCUGCCCACGAUGUCGCCGCUACACAGCAGAGUCUGCAGACUGCCUCUGCCCGCGCUGCCAAACCAUGAUCUCACAGGCUCACUGACACAGCUGUCAUCAUAACAUCCUCAUGAUGCUUUUAUUCUUUUUUAUUUUAUUUAAUUGACCAGAGACUGGAGGUUACACUCCCACACUAUAAAUCAGCUGCCAUCCUGGUCACUGCAAGCAAACUGAAUCCACAGAUCAGUGAAGGGUUUAUAUUAUAAAAGAACAAUGUUUAUAGCAGAUAGAGCUUACAUCCCAUCAUAUCUGUUCACUUUUCUUCAGGUGCAGGUGUGAACUUGAAAACCCAAAGUCAUCUCAAUCUGCUGUAAACAUGAGGUUUACUGUAAAUAUUGUUGGGAAGUGAGAGCAAGUUUGUGAAAUGGAUGGAAAUGACUUUUCUUUUUUUAUGUUGAUGCAAAACAGUUCACUACUUGUGUCACCAUGUGACAACCCAAGUCCAGAAUAGAAAAAAAAGUGGCGAGUUCCUGUAAAAAAUGAUUGUAAAAUAAAAUGUUGCUUUUCUUUCCCAGCAAA